AUGAGAGCUGUUAUCCAACGUGUUAAAUCCGCUAGUGUAACCGUCGAAGGGAAGGUUGUCUCGGAGAUUCGCAAGGGAUUGCUCGUUUUUCUCGGUGUCGCUCAAGAGGACACCCCUGCCGAUGUCGAUUAUAUGGCGAGCAAAAUCGCCAAUCUCCGAAUCUUUGAAGAUGAUGAAGGACGAAUGAAUUUGUCCAUUUUAGAUGUCGUGGUGAAGCCCUUGUCGUCUCUCAAUUCACCACUCUGCGGGGAUUGCCGCAAGGGGAGACGCCCUAGUUUCAUUGCCGCCGCCCGUCCUGAAAAAGCGGACCCGCUCUACCAAGCAUUUAUGGACGAAAUCUCGCGGUUGGGGGUGCCAGUCAAGGCUGGUAUAUUUCAGGCGAUGAUGGAUGUUGAACUGAUUAACGAUGGACCUGUCACGAUGAUGCUAGAUAGCAAUAAGCUGUUUUGA